AGGCAGCUGCAGCUUCCGUGUUUACUGCUGCUAGCUGUGAGCAGGAGCAUGAAUCAGUCUGAAUGUAAUCAUAUUCAUAAAUCUAAGAGACCCGCUCGGAUUAUAAAAUGCAUAUACAUAGUUGGGUUCAUGGACCUGUUUGGGGUCAGUAUGAUCAUCCCUCUACUAAGUCAUCACGUGAAGGCAUUAGGAGCAAGCCCGAUAGUCUCUGGAGUAGUGGGGUCCACUUAUGGGGUUUUACAGCUUUUCUCCAGCACUAUAGUAGGCAGCUGGAGCGAUGUAGUGGGAAGGCGCUCUUCUUUACUGACAUGCCUUUUGCUCAGUGCUUUCGGAUACAGCCUUCUGGGGAUGUCCACUUCUAUUGUCCUGUUUGUGCUGGCCCGAAUACCUGUAGGCCUUUUUAAACACUCCUUGUCCAUUUGCCGAGCUCUUCUGUCAGAUAUAGUGUCGGAGACAGACCGCCCUCUGGUGAUGGGUCAUUUUAAUGCAGCUUCCAGUGUGGGAUUCAUCCUGGGCCCAGUGGUAGGAGGCUACCUCACUGAACACGAAGGAGGAUUUUAUAUGUCCUCUUUUGUCUGUGCAGCUAUCUUCCUCCUUAAUACAGGGUUGGUCUGGAUGUUGCCCUGGAGUGAGUGUCGUUUAGAUGCUAACAAGAACAGCAAAAGCAGACAGCCCUGUGACAGGCUGAGAAACUGUGAUGGGAGCCAUCUUGGUUGUCCCUCUACUACUAAAACCCUUCGUUCUGCUGGAUCUCUGUUCAAGGACUGGGGUAACAUGGUUCUGCUCCAGCUGACCUCAGUAGGAGCACAAAUCCGAAUGGUGGCCUCUUCUGACAUGUGGGAUGUGUUCCUGGUGCGUCUAUUAAUGGCACUGGCAAUCAUGCUUUACCACAGUAACUUCUCUCUGGCCAUGGAGGAGCGCUUUGGUUUGAAACCCAAAGUGACAGGCUACAUGAUCAGCUACAGCAGCAUGCUGGGUGCACUUGCUGGGUGCUUGGUGGGCCCCAUGACUCAACUGUACAGAGGUAAUAUGUCUGCCCUGCUGCUGCACUCCACAGCGUUCACGUGCUCGUUGAUCUUCCUGUAUGCCGCAGCAGGCAGCGUCUGGCAUGUGCUGCUCUCCUCCACAUUCUUUGCCAUCUCUACCAGCGUGGGGCGCAUCUGCAUUACAGACCUGGAGCUACAAUGUGGAGGCAGUGCAAGGGCCAGUGGCACCCUGAUUGGGGCAGGUCAGUCAGUGACGGCAGUGGGGCGUAUCUUGGCCCCGCUGCUUUCUGGCCUGACUCAGGAAAUCAGCCCAUGUGGGCCACCAAGCCUUGGGGUGCUGCUGGCUCUCACAGCUCUGGUACUAUUGCUUGUUAGGACUCCAAAGUGGGCUAAGAUGAAGGACAAGAAUGCCAAAGAUUGAUUGGAUAGAGGUUUAAAGCCACACAGAUUUAAGAGAACAAGGGGCAUUGUGGUGGCAACUAUUGAAAUUAGCAGUUAUCUCAGUCUAAAAUGAAUGUUUUUGAAAGUGUAUAAUUGUGAUCUAGGUAUGAGUGACUGCUCUUAGAGCAAUUGCAGCAGAUGUGAUCACCAACAGAGUAGCCACCAGUGUCUCCAUAUACACCCUAGGAGGACCUACCAGACCAAAGGAAGUCUCAGAGUCUGAUUCAUAUCUGAUACAACAAUCCAUCUCAUCUCAUCUCAUUAUCUCUAGCCGCUUUAUCCUUCUACAGGGUCGCAGGCAAGCUGGAGCCUAUCCCAGCUGACUACGGGCGAAAGGUGGGGUACACCCUGGACAAGUCGCCAGGUCAUCACAGGGCUGACACAUAGACACAGACAACCAUUCACACUCACAUUCACACCUACGGU